CCGCGGUCCCCGCCCUGCCGGGCAUGCUCAGUCCGCGGGCCAUGCUUUGACUGCGGGACCGGCAGCACCCGGCCGGUGCGCGCGUUCCCAGUGCCCGGUCCCUUUAAAUCGGGCUGGCCCGUUGCUAGGCAACCGCGCGGCCGGCGCUGGCGCUGCACUGCGGAGGCUCAGCCUCGGCCGGCCCGGCCGGGUCGUGGUGGCCAGUGCCGAACCAGGGGCUGCCGCCCGCCAGUGGUGGCCGGCUUCGCGGAAGAGGGGACCCGGCUGUCCAGACCGCACCCACGCUGCCAGGUAUUGGAAGAGGUACCUGAAGAAAUGGAUGCUAGAAGGAAACACUGGAAGGAGAAUAUGUUUACUCCUUUUUUUAGUGCACAGGAUAUUCUAGAACAGUCUUCUCAGACUGAAUCUUCUUCUGAACAAACGACUGUAGAUAAAACCAAGAGAAUGGAAGGAAUUUAUAAUUUGUCCAGUAGAAAGCUUCAAGAAGAAAAUAGAUUUAAGAAGAAAGAAUAUAUUUCCCAACUAAAUGAAAAAGAGCAAGAACCAAAUUUAAGAGAGAGAAAGAGAAACAUUUCAAAGAAUGAAGCAGAUACAAAUUCAGCCUCCUUUGAAUCAUCUAAUGUGGAUAUUACAACAGAAGAAGGCUUUAACAGAACAGAAGAUCAUUGUACCUGGAGUACAAAGAAAUCACCAACUCUACCACGGCAAGACACGAGGAAGAAAUUUACUGAAGGCAUGUCUCCCAAAGUUCGCCUGAAUAUUUUGAAUGAAGAACUGGAAGAACUUAACAUGAAGUGCAGAAGAAUAGAAGAGGAAUUUGAAAAUGCUGAAAAAGAACUUUUGAACUCCAAAAAAGAAGUACCCACAAAACCCUUAAAUUUUCAAGAAACAGGGACAGGUACUUCAAAGAAUUACUGGGAACUUCAAGCUUUAAGAAAUGACCUAUCUGAAAGAACAACAAAUGUAAAAAACUUAACUGAAGAGCUCCAGCAAGCCAAAGAAGUCAUCCAUAAGUUGAACCUAGAAAACAGAGAUUUAAAAGAAGCUAUUAGGAGAUUAAAGCGUCAAACUGAGAUUGGAAAUACGCUUAUAAAAGAAGACACGAAAUUGUAUUAUGAAUUAGAAAUGGAAAAGAUUCGUGGAGAGCUUGAUGCCAUCAAGCAGGAACUGAGAGCUGAGAAGACCCUGCAAGCAAGAAAUAACAGAGCCCUGGAGUCACUUAGAAAACACUUUUCUCUGGUAGUAACAUCAUCAAGAACCUUUGACCGCUUUACUGGAGAUUUUUUUUAAACUUUAAAAAAAAGCCUUUCAUUAGGCAAGCCAUUGAGCCAAAUCAGUGUUUAUUGUGCUUUCUUUGUGUAUUACUUAAAAUGUGUAUAAUAUAAUGUGAUUUUCAUUUUUGGUGAAUCAGAAUAUCUGUAAAACUUAUAGAUGUUAGCUUCAAAGCUUCUGCUUUCUCUUUCUAAUGGCAUUAUCAUAAGAGUCCAAAUGAAAAUGAAGCUUUGAAAAUCUCUUUUUUAUAUAUUUAUAUUUAUAUAUACAUAUAUAUUUCACUCAAAAACACAUAGGAAUUCACCGAAUCACUUACGAAUACUAAUCAACAGCCAUUUUGUGAUCUGAUGAGCAAUAUGUCCUUGGCACAUGAAUAUUCUUCC